GCCUUCAGCACAAAUUUGUCAUAAUGUCCCUGUUCGGACGACAAAGGUACUUGAGGUGACAGACAUGCCGGGGACGGCGAUUUCGUUUUAAAUUGCUUUUAUCAUAGUGAAGCAAUAGUUAAUCUUUUGAACCGCAACCUCAAUUCUUUUCCUCCCGCUGUCAAAAUCACUCCUAAAAUGAAGUCUCAUCCAGGGCAAUCGCCACCAGUACUUAAAUAUGUCAGCCUCGUGACUUUGACACUUCAGAACGCGAUACUCGGUUUGAGUAUGCGGUAUGCACGCACAAGACCAGGAGAUAUGUUUUUGUCCUCCUCAGCUGUUCUGAUGUCAGAAUUCACAAAGUUGAUCACAUGCCUGGCUAUUGUUUGGAAAGAAGAGGGCAGUAUUCAGAGAGCUGUGUCAGCAGUGCACAAUACUGUCAUCAAGCAGCCCAUAGACACACUCAAAGUGUGUGUUCCAUCAUUAUUGUACAUCGUACAGAACAACCUCCUGUAUGUGUCUGCAUCACAUUUGGAUGCUGCAACUUAUCAGGUCACUUAUCAAUUGAAAAUUCUAACUACAGCUAUGUUUGCUGUCACUAUGUUGAGACGUUCUCUGUUAAAAACCCAGUGGAUAUCUCUCGUAACAUUGGUUUCUGGGGUGGUCCUGGUUCAACUCGCAAACACUGCUCCAGCCAAGGUUGUAGUCGGCGGCCCUGAGCAAAACCGAAUCAUUGGCUUUUCUGCUGCAUUAUGUGCUUGUCUCCUUUCUGGAUUUGCAGGAAUUUAUUUUGAAAAAAUUUUAAAAGGGUCUGAUAUUUCAGUGUGGAUGCGAAAUGUUCAGCUGAGCUUUUUGUCACUUCCAUUUGGAUUGUGUACUUGUUUAUUGUCUGAUUGGGAAGUGGUCACAUCAAAAGGGCUGUUCUUUGGAUAUGAUGGAUUUGUGUGGUAUCUUGUAGUAUUACAGGCUGGAGGUGGUCUCCUGGUUGCGAUGGUUGUGAAGUAUGCUGAUAAUAUUCUUAAGGGCUUUGCCACAUCUCUUGCUAUAAUCAUAUCUUGCAUUGCUUCAAUUUAUCUCUUUGAGUUCAAUCUCACUUUCCAAUUUGCCCUUGGAGCAGCAUUAGUAAUAGCAUCUAUAUUUUUGUAUGGCUAUGUUCCUCCAAAUCCCAACCAACAGAGUAAAGUCUAGGCUAUGAUGCAAGUGGAAAAUGCAUUUUCACAUGCAUGAUUUUGAACUGACUUGGUAAAUAAUAAGCUAACCUGUUGUGCCAAAUGCUCACAAAAGACAAGACUUUUUAAGAUAAUGUAAUACUGUAUGUCAUUAGAAUUGUGAUUAGACCCCCUUCAAUGUCUUUAGAAUUGUCACUAGACCUCCAUCCCAACCUAAACACCACCACUUAUCGAAAAAUAGUCUGAGUUUAUUUACCUAUUCACUGAUUUCUUGUAUUAGAUUAAAAAUUACAUAACUGACUUCACAUCUUUUAAGUUUUGGUAUUUUAGUUCCUGUUAUGCACUAAGGUUGGAGUAGCUUUAAUUAUCUGGUUGUUUUUUGGUAUUUUUAUUUGUGUUUUUUAUUAGUAUUUUUAAAGUAAUUAGCUGACUGACAAGUUGAGUGACCAACGUUACACUUUUGACACUGAGCAUAAAAAAAGGCAAGAUACUAUCUGGAAUAGUUCCACUUCAGUUUAAAACCUGAGACCCAAGUUAUUAUAGAGUAUUCUACGCAUUCAAAAUCCUUUCAUCAUUGAUGAUGUCUUGUGUGUGGGUGUAUAUUUAAAUGAAAAAAAAAUACACAAUGAAUGAUAUGUGCCUCAAGAUUAUGGUAACCACCAUUCUAACUAUUCAUAGUAUUGUAAAAAAAAAA